ACGAUGUUGAAACAAACUACACCUUAACUCCUUCUCCCGAUAUCCUGAACGAUACCAAUUUAGGCAAUUUGAUUAUAAGCAAAGUUUUGACAGACUCCAAGCUACUUGAUGAAGCUAUUGAGAAAGCUCUUAAAGGCUUGAAGGAAAGGGUUUCAUAUACCAAAAAGCCAGCAAUACGAAAAGCAGGUAGAAAGUCUUCUCUCUCACAAUGUUCAGCCAUGACAACCUACCAUAACCGAAUGUUAGGAGAUAGCAGAGUGUCAAAAAUGGUUGAAAAAGCCAAUGUAUUUGAAGAAACGACAAAGGUUUUGGCUAGAAAGUUAGGGUUAAAGAGCGAAGAAGUUUCUGCUUUAGCCGAUGUCAGUUUAAAAUCAAGCAAGUUGGGAAGUAUGUUCAGUGAAGAUGAAGAGCAAAAAACGUGUAGUUGUGCACAAAAAUACCGGGAAUUUGACGGAACAUGUAACCGUUUACAAUCUCCUAAAGACGGUUCUGCUUUCACCUGUUUGACCAGACUUCUUCCAGCCAAAUACGCUGACGGUAUUUCUGAACCAAGAAAAGCGAAAUCUGGAAGAGACUUACCUAAUCCUAGACUAGUAUCAACUACAAUCCAUACCGAUCAGAACAGAGAAGCAUUUUUUACACAUUUUCUGAUGGUGUGGGGACAGAUCAUGGAUCAUGACAGUGCCCUCGCUCCAUUUAACAGCGCCCCAGAAGAGGAAGUGAUACUUGGAGAUGGAGCUGAACGCAUGGACUGCUGCGAUUCAGAGCAUAUCAAUGAUACACGAUGCCUUCCGAUCGAAAUUCCUCAAGAUGAUCAAUUCUUUAGUCAAUUUAAUGAAAGAUGCAUGAAUUUCCGAAGGUCUGCCAGCUGUCCAAAAUGCUCACUGGGACCCCGGGAUCAGUUAAAUUCUCCCACCAGUUUCGUUGACGGUUCCAUUAUUUACAGUUUGAUGAGGUUUCAGAGAGAUUCAGAGAGAAAUGUCAUUUUACCACGAUCUCGAAACGCUAGAGGCGAUUUGUGUAGUGAUCCAGGAAAUAGAUUAUUCUGCUUUGACGCAGGAGAUCGUCGGUUGAAUGAACAUCCAGCCUUAACAGCUUUACACACCAUAUUCAUUAGAGAACAUAACAGAAUUGCGAGAGAAUUGAGAAGAAUAAACCCUUGCUGGAAUGAUGAGAGGCUGUUUCAAGAAGCCAGGAGGAUCGUGAUUGCUGAGAUUCAAAUGAUUACAUACAAUGAAUUCUUAAGGCUUGUCGUGGGUCCUUACUAUCAUCAGAGGUUUUUGUUAAGAACUCUUCGAGAUGGUUUCUUCACUGCAUACAACCCUAACAUCAAUCCUGCUAUGAUUAAUGAAUUUACCUCAGCAUGCUUUCGAUUCGGCCAUUCUACAUCUCAAGGUUCUUUCACAGAAAUUCCAUCAUCUGGUAAUCCCACAAGUUUCAAGUUGCAAAAUAACUUUUUCCACCCAUUUGGCCUCUACCAAGGAGAUUUGAGAAAGAAGUGA